AUGGCCGACGAGUUUACUCGCAUUGUCGAGGAGAUGAUGCUAACUCCCCCGAACCCAAAUGCGCCCUUACCACUGGCGAACAAGAAAGGCACGAUGUUUGGUGUCUCGAUACCAUUCCACGUUUUGUGCUGGGUUGUCGUAGGCUUCCGUCUUCAUACUCGCCUGCGAGUUGUUCGUGAACCCGGUCUCGAUGACCUCUUCGUAGUCCUAGCGGCUAUAUUCAACUUGACAUCUAUCAUAGCCUUCCUCCACGGCACCAAUUAUGGCAUGGGUCAUCAUCUUAUCUACACCUUACGAGAGUUGCAACCAACCAUGAUCUGGCUGUAUAUCACAAAUGCCGCGUAUCAUACGACCACUGUCUUCAUCAAGAUAUCCCUACUCCUACAGUACCUGAGGCUCUUUCAGCAGGGCGCUCGCCGCAUCAUUUGCAUCGUACUUCUCGCGUUGGUGAUAGCAUGGGGCCUGACUUUCUCAUUCAUGGCUUGGGUACCCUGCUUUCCAGUAAGGAACUUCUGGGAUCGACAACCUGGCUCUAAAUGCUACGGCUUCGGAUAUCGCACUAUCAAUGAGGCGAAAUUCACGAUACUCGCGUUUGCUGCGACGAACAUGGCGUUCGAUAUUGCCAUAUUCCUCGUCCCGAUCACGGAAUACUUUAGGAAAGAUCUCAGACGGAAACAGGUGCUUGCCAUGACUGGACUGUUCGCUCUCGGUUCGAUUGUCGUACUCAUGGCUAUCCUCCGCCUUUGGAGCACCUUCAAAAACAGUCAAAGCAUGACCCAAAGUUUCGAUUUCACAUGGUGGUACCCCGAAGUCCUCAUCAUCUCCUGCCUCGAAAUCGACUUCGCGAUAAUGUGUGCGUCCAUGCCUAUAUUCUGGCCCACCGUCAUGGCUUCCUGGACCCAGAUCUUUGUCACCAACGAGGUCCGCGUUACGCACCACGAACGUUUGCCCAACGAUAGCCGCGAUAACUUCGAGUUGGUCAGGAACACGUCGUUGAAGAGCACAGGGAGUGCGGAAGAAUUGGCAAGGGUUACGAGCGAAGAGCAGGACACGGUGUAUGGCGGAUUUGACCCAGAGACGGGCAAGGAUGGCAGAUUUGCUGCUAUGCGAGUAGAGGUACAACCGCAGGCACAAAGGACACGGAGACUCUGA